GUAAAUUUGUACAAAGAUACAGAUAUUUAAUGUGUCCAAAAAAAAAAAACUAUACUAACUUUACAAUUCUACCCUUCUAGUUGGACUUUAUAUACAUUCAGACAAGUAGAACUUUACAAAUUUACAACUAAGUCCUAAUCAGUAUAUACAAUAUGUACAAUAUCUACAGAUUCGAAAGGUGAGAAGAGUGUCAUGAUGAUGGCGAAAGAAGUAGUAUCUCAGGAAAAAGGGGAAUCGUCUAGAUUUGGGAUGACGGUGGUUAUUGAUAUGCAUGCUACAACUCUCAGUCAGAUUCUUGGUGUUCAAACGUCGAGGAAGCUUGAUUGGUCUACUGAUAAGGAAGGGGAUUUGCAGAAGGCACCCACUGUCUGGAACAAGUUUGAUCCAAAGCAGAUGAAGAAGGUGGGGGUUUCGCUGUCAUAUGUUCCAUCGGAGGAGUUUGAAGGAAGGAAGAUAGCAAUGGUGUUGUCAGCAUUGGAAGAGGAAACUAUACAGGAUAUCACCUUGCGAGUUGCAAAUGGAGAUAGAGAUGUUGGUCAAUCAGUGAAGGAGGUGAUUAUUGGGACAUUAAGGCAGCUUGAUUCUGAUACUUUUUCUCAAUGA